AGGUGCAUGUGCCACACUCACACAAGACCUGGAAUUGACAGGACUCCCAACUAGUACAAUGACAGAAGAUAAGGUCACUGGGACCCUGGUUUUCACUGUCAUCACCGCUGUGCUGGGUUCCUUCCAGUUUGGAUAUGACAUUGGUGUGAUCAAUGCACCUCAACAGGUAAUAGUAUCUCACUAUCGACAUGUUUUGGGUGUUCCACUGGAUGACCGAAAAGCUAUCAACAACUAUGUUAUCAACAGUACAGAUGAACUGCCCACAAUCUCAUACUCAAUGAACCCAAAACCAACACCUUGGGAUGAGGAAGAGACUGUGGCAGCUGCUCAACUAAUCACCAUGCUCUGGUCCCUGUCUGUAUCCAGCUUUGCAGUUGGUGGAAUGAUUGCAUCAUUCUUUGGUGGGUGGCUUGGGGACACACUUGGAAGAAUCAAAGCCAUGUUAGUAGCAAACAUUCUUUCAUUAGCUGGAGCUCUCUUGAUGGGGUUUUCAAAAUUGGGACCAUCUCAUAUACUUAUAAUUGCCGGAAGAAGCAUAUCAGGACUAUAUUGUGGGCUAAUUUCAGGCCUGGUUCCUAUGUAUAUCGGUGAAAUUGCUCCAACCGCUCUCAGGGGAGCACUUGGCACUUUUCAUCAGCUGGCCAUCGUCACGGGCAUUCUUAUUAGUCAGAUUAUUGGUCUUGAAUUUAUCUUGGGCAAUUAUGAUCUGUGGCACAUCCUGCUUGGCCUGUCUGGUGUGCGAGCCAUCCUUCAGUCUCUGCUACUCUUUUUCUGUCCAGAAAGCCCCAGAUACCUUUACAUCAAGUUAGAUGAGGAAGUCAAAGCAAAACAAAGCUUGAAAAGACUCAGAGGAUAUGAUGAUGUCACCAAAGAUAUUAAUGAAAUGAGAAAAGAAAGAGAAGAAGCAUCGAGUGAGCAGAAAGUCUCUAUAAUUCAGCUCUUCACCAAUUCCAGCUACCGACAGCCUAUUCUAGUGGCACUGAUGCUGCAUGUGGCUCAGCAAUUUUCCGGAAUCAAUGGUAUUUUUUACUACUCAACCAGCAUUUUUCAGACGGCUGGUAUCAGCAAACCUGUUUAUGCAACCAUUGGAGUUGGUGCUGUAAACAUGGUUUUCACUGCUGUCUCUGUAUUCCUUGUGGAGAAGGCAGGGCGACGUUCUCUCUUUCUAAUUGGAAUGAGUGGGAUGUUUGUUUGUGCCAUCUUCAUGUCAGUGGGACUUGUGCUGCUGAAUAAGUUCUCUUGGAUGAGUUAUGUGAGCAUGAUAGCCAUCUUCCUCUUUGUCAGCUUCUUUGAAAUUGGGCCAGGCCCGAUCCCCUGGUUCAUGGUGGCUGAGUUUUUCAGUCAAGGACCACGUCCUGCUGCUUUAGCAAUAGCUGCAUUCAGCAAUUGGACCUGCAAUUUCAUUGUAGCUCUGUGUUUCCAGUACAUUGCGGACUUCUGUGGACCUUAUGUGUUUUUCCUCUUUGCUGGAGUGCUCCUGGCCUUUACCCUGUUUACAUUUUUUAAAGUUCCAGAAACCAAAGGAAAGUCUUUUGAGGAAAUUGCUGCAGAAUUCCAAAAGAAGAGUGGCUCAGCCCACAGGCCAAAAGCUGCUGUAGAAAUGAAAUUCCUAGGCGCUACAGAGACUGUGUAAAAAAAAACCCUGCUUUUUGACAUGAACAGAAACAAUAAGGGAACCGUCUGUUUUUAAAUGACGAUUCCUUGAGCAUUUUAUAUCCACAUCUUUAAGUAUUGUUUUAUUUUUAUGUGCUCUCAUCAGAAAUGUCAUCAAAUAUUACCAAAAAAGUAUUUUUUUAAGUUAGAGAAUAUAUUUUUGAUGGUAAGACUGUAAUUAAGUAAACCAAAAAGGCUAGUUUAUUUUGUUACACUAAAGGGCAGGUGGUUCUAAUAUUUUUAGCUCUGUUCUUUAUAACAAGGUUCUUCUAAAAUUGAAGAGAUUUCAACAUAUCAUUUUUUAACACAUAACUAGAAACCUGAGGAUGCAACUAAUAUUUAUAUAUUUGAAUAUCAUUAAAUUGGAAUUUUCUUACCCAUAUAUCUUAUGUUAAAGGAGAUAUGGCUAGUGGCAAUAAGUUCCAUGUUAAAAUAGACAACUCUUCCAUUUAUCACACUCAGCUUUUUUCUUGAGUACUAGAAUUUGUAUUUUGCUUAAAAUUUUACUUUUGUUCUGUAUUCUCAUGUGGAAUGGAUUAUAGAGUAUAUUUAAAAAUGUCUAUAGAGAAAAACUUUCAUUUUUGGUAGGCUUAUCAAAAUCUUUCAGCACUCAGAAAAGAAAACCAUUUUAGUUCCUUUAUUUAAUGGCCAAAUGGUUUUUGCAAGAUUUAACACUAAAAAGCUUUCACCUGAUCAUAUAGCCUGGGUUAUCAGUUAACAUUAACAUCUAUUAUAAAACCAUGUUGAUUCCCUUCUGGCACAAUCCUUUGAGUUAUAGUUUGCUUUGCUUUUUAAUUGAGCACAGCCUGGUUUUCACAUACACUCAAACAAUCAUGAGUCAGACAUUUGGCAUAAUACCUCAAACUCCUAAUAAGUUUGAUCAAAUCUAAUGUAAGAAAAUUUGAAGUAAAGGAUUGAUCAGUUUGUUAAAAAUAUUUUCUGAAUUAUUAUGUCUCAAAAUAAGUUGAAAAGGUAGGGUUUGAGGAUUCCUGAGUGUGGGCUUCUGAAACUUCAUGAAUGUUCAGCUUCAGACUUUAUCAAAAUCCCUAUUUAAUUUUCCUGGAAAGACUGAUUGUUUUAUGGUGUGUUCCUAACAUAAAAUAAUCGUCUCCUUUGACAUUUCCUUCUUUGUCUUAGCUGUAUACAGAUUCUAGCCAAACUAUUCUAUGGCCAUUACUAACACGCAUUGUACACUAUCAAUCUGCCUUUACCUACAUAGGCAAAUUAGAAAUACACAGAUGAUUAAACAGACUUUAGCUUACAGUCAAUUUUACAAUUAUGGAAAUAUAGUUCUGAUGGGUCCCAAAAGCUUAGCAGGGUGCUAACGUAUCUCUAGGCUGUAUUCUCCACCAACUGGAGCACUGAUCAAUCCUUCUUAUGUUUGCUUUAAUGUGUAUUGAAGAAAAGCACUUUUUAAAAAGUACUCUUUAAGAGUGAAAUAAUUAAAAACCACUGAACAUUUGCUUUGUUUUCUAAAGUUGUUCACAUAUAUGUAAUUUAGCAGUCCAAAGAACAAGAAAUUGUUUCUUUUCAGUGUGAUUUGUUUUUCUUUUGGGCCAAUUUGGGAUAAACUAUUUUCACUUGGGAUUUCAGGAUACAGUCAAAAUGAGCUUAAGUAACUCAGGACAUCUUUGUGCUAAACUGUGAACUCUGGACAAAAAUAGAGAGUCUCUGAAUAGGGCAGGAGCAGGAAAAUGGCUCCUGGGUGGCUCUUGUAUGCUUCUUCAGGAUGCUGAUGGCCUUUGGGAAGCCCAGUGUAAACAAUGAUAAAGGAGCUUAACACUUUUAUAGGUGAUACAUGUGAUUUAAUCAAAUCACUAUUCCUGAUCUCAUUUACUAACAGAAUAAAGUGGUAAAUAUUUAAAUUAAAAAUUCCAAAGACCACUUUUAAGUGCUUCUUCACUAUUUUGACUGGCCCACAAACACCAGAAAUUCAGACCCUGAAGUUUUCUGCCUCAGAGAAAUUUAAGUGCCUUAUAUUGUUCCCCUUCUACAACUUUUUCCUUGCAGAGAUACAUGUGAGUUGACAAGAAACAUUAAAGGGAAAUAAGAAAGAAGCUGAUAAAGCUUUAUAGGAGGACCAAAGAACUAGCUUACUAUAAUAAAAAAAUUUUAAGUCUUCAAGGGUAUACAUCAUAAUAAAAAAUAAAAUUGACCGUAAUUAAUUAAAUUUAAUCCCAGGGAAAUUAGAUGUGAAUUUGAACACCUAACUUUCCAUGUACUCUCUCAUUUUUGUGGAAGUGUUUCUAUACUCUAAUGUCUUUACAAAUGUGAUUUUUCUCUUAGCUCGUUUGAAGUAUGAGAAUUAGAGUUUUUGGUCUCGCAUUCACCAGCUACAUCUAGGAUUGCCCACUGUCAUGACUCCCAGGAAAAGGUCCUAUCUUAGCUUCCUCCUCCCUACUUUCCUCUACAUGGUCAGCACUGUAAUGCAGCUAAGAUAUAGUAAGGCAUUGCUCCCUCCCCCUACACUUCAAGGAGUUCACAGUCUAAUGGGGAGUUCAGGAAGGCCAGAGUAUUAAUAUCCCCAUCUGUGUCUUUUGCCUUCCAUGAACCUGGGUUUCGAGCCCUCUCUUGUAAAAUGGGCACAGCAAUAUUACCUACCUCAGGGAGUUGUGGGGAUUAAACAUGAAGUGCUAAGCAUAGUGCCUGGUACAAAGACAGUACUCAAUAAAUGCUACCUAAAACUAGUAUUCAUAGCAAUACUGUUAGGAUAAAGAAUUAUCAUAUAUGAGAUAGUUCCAAAUUUUUGUUUUUUUAAAAAAAAAGUUUUAUAAGUUCAAGAUAAUAUUUUCUUACUUCAAAGAAACAAUCUCACAAUGAGGGAAUGGUAAGAAUCAGGAGAGAUUACUAACCUGGCAGAGGAGCUAUCACAAUCACAAAGGUGGUUUUUCCAGGGCACGGCUCAUCCAUUACACUCCGGAUGUGCUGACCCCUGCCAUUUCCCCAAAUGUGGGAAACCCAGCUGCACAGUUUGUAGUAGUGGGUGACUGUGUUCAUGUGCUCCCCUGAAAAAAACAACAACAACAAAGAAUCAGAAGAGAUACUAGCCUAUCUAAUUCCUAAAUCCAAACCUGAUAUUUCUAAGUAAGAUUAUAAGAAUUUUUAUUGCAUUUUCUGAAUUUGCUUUUGCAUAAGUUAUGUUAUUUUUACAGGGUCUAUAUGUACUAUUAUUUCUUAGAAUAAUACUAAUUCUAAAACAAAAUUCUGUAUAUCACAUUUAAAUGUAAUUUAAUAGAAUUAUAAUCACAAGACAAGACCAAACUUUGCUGAUAAUCCUCAGUAAUUGCGAAAGGAGUAUAUACAUGUAGGCCAGCAUACAUGCAUAAACUACUUCUUAUUGCUAGUCUAAUUGUUCCAUAUGUAGCAAAUACAGCAGUUCAGCAAUAUCUUGUGCUUACAGGGUCCUAAGCAGAGGUGAUCAGUCAAGUGUAAAUAUAUAUAUAUAUGUUUUUUUAUUUUUCAUGGCAAUUGUAUAUUAGUAACCUGGGGAGAAAAGGUUUAUUGACAACCACUCUGAUCCAUCUGCUGCUAUUUUCACUGCUAAUUUGGUGCACAUUAAAAAGAAUGAUCAUGAAAAGAUACUACUUUGAGUUAAAAGUAUAUAUAUAUAUACACACACACACAUAUAUGUACAAUAGUUUGAUAUCAAUAAAUACAUUUCUGAAUGCUUA